CGAUUGGGAGGCAGAGCCCAAGGGUCGUGUCUUACGCCGCCCGUAACUUAUGUCCUGUGAGACCCAGCCUUCAUACCACGGCAGUGGUGUCUAUGGGCUCAGCUGACCACCGCUUCAACCUGGCCGAGAUCCUGUCCCAGAACUACGGCGUGCGGGAAGAGGCGGAGGAACAGGAGAAGGAGUGCCCACAGGGGAAAGGGAAACCUUUCGAAGAUAUAGACAAAAGCUUCAAUGCCUCCCAGAGCAGCGAAAUGCCGUUUGAGGAGCUGCUGGCGUUGUACGGCUACGAGGCCUCCGAACCCAUCUCUGAGCAGGAGAGCGAGAACGCCGAUGCAGCUCCCCACCUCCCAGACAUGACCCUGGAUAAGGAACAAAUAGCGAAGGAUCUGCUUUCUGGGGAAGAAGAAGAAGAGACCCAGUCUUCGGCUGACGAUUUAACUCCUUCCGUCACUUCCCAUGAUGCCUCGGAUCUUUUCCCCAAUCAGACGGGCUCGAAUUUCCUUGCUGAUGAAGACAAGGGUCCCUGUUCUUCUCCCUGUGCUUCCUUCUCAGCUGACGACUCCGAGGAAGACUCCCUUCCCCCCAACGACUGCAAGAAGGAGAUCAUGGUUGGACCUCAGUACCAGGCGGCUGUUCCGGUCCUGCACUUGAGCAGACAUAGUGAAAAAGUUUAUGAAAACGAUGACCAGUUACUCUGGGACCCAAACAUCCUUCCUGAGAAAGAAGUGGAAGAGUUCCUUUACCGAGCUGUCAAGAGGCGGUGGAACGAGGUCUCCCACGCCAACCUUCCCGAAGGAGAGUUGGUGAAGGAUAACGAACAAGCGCUGUACGAACUGGUGAAAUGCAACUUCAACGCAGAAGAGGCGCUGCGGCGGCUCCGGUUCAAUGUGAAGGUCAUUCGAGAUGAACUUUGCUCCUGGAGCGAGGAAGAAUGCAGGAACUUUGAACACGGCUUUCGGGUCCAUGGGAAGAACUUCCACCUUAUUCAAGCGAACAAGGUCCGCACCCGGUCGGUGGGCGAGUGUGUGGAGUAUUAUUAUAUUUGGAAGAAGUCGGAGCGCUACGACUACUUCACCCAGCAGACGCGGUUUGGAAGGAAGAAGGAUUACACAGAUAAUUUUUUAGAUGGUGGUGAAGUGGAAAAUGCCAGCCGUUCACGGGGCUCCCCACCAAUCUCAUCAGUCACGGGUUGCAUGGACUCACGUUUCAACCCAGAUCACCUGGCCAUGGAGAGCACAGAGCCUCUGAGCAUCGAGAGCGCCGCCUGCAGCUUGGGCAGCACCAGCGAGUCGGGCCAGGGCUACGAGUGCAGCACCCCGUCGGAAACAAACUGUUCCUUCGACCCGGCCGAGGAGGCCCCCGCAAGCAGCCGCGGGCCACCACCCUUCCUGCAGCCCUCGCCCAAUCCCCCCGAACCUGGGUUCUUCCAGAUGGCCGCAGCAACCAAGCCGGAAUCCUUGCGGUGCUCCGGGGAGGCCAUGGCCGUGGACUUCACCCUUCCUGGGAGCGUCACGGAGCGGCUGCCUUUAAUUUCCGGCCACGUGGGACUGGGCAGGGGUCCAGAGACCUUGGUGGCCCCCGCUCAAGUGUCCUUAUCGGUCCCUGAUUUCAGCCUCAUCGGCAUCGGAGAGGUCAAUAGCUUCCUGGCGACUCCGCCUGCCUGCCCAGCGCCCGCGCCCGCUCCCCCGGUGGACUCCUUAUCUCCGUGAUGGCGGCUGGGUGGCGGGUCAGACGGGUCCGUGGGAAAGCAGGGAAGUGGCCUCUGUCAGGACUGGGUCCGGUUCCUCGGCAAGGUUGCGGAGACCAGUUCAAGCCCCAGGGCCACGGAUUUCUUGGGCCACGGGGAUGGGCAGAGGGGUCAGCCUGUGGGACCUCGCCUUUUUUUCCAAACGGCUGCAUCAUCCCCCUAGCCUUCCUGGCUCCCCCACCCUGGCCCUCGCCAUUGCGAUGUCUCUCUCUCUGGCAAAACCAGACAUCUCGGUCACAUUUCUCACGGGCGCAACUUCUCAAGAAAGCGGGUGGAGGAACACCUUGUGACCCCCAUGGGGUCAUCGCCGAUGGAGAGGUUAAAGCCAUGGAGGGGAAGAUAAAGCGUCUCCCCUUCCCCCCCUCCAUCCUACCUACAGCCCCCUCUUUCAGCCAAGCCUCUGAUGAUGCCCAUCAGCCGUGGACUAGCACCGUGAGGGGCACGUAGAGAGAGAGAGAGAGAGAGGAAUGUCUACCAGGAGCACUUUUUAAGGAGGGUGGCUGGAAGCGGGUGGGGCCGGAGGAUCUUUGGGUCCAGGGCAAAAGACAUUAAAUGACACUGGCCUUAGCAGUGAGAAUCAGGCUGGGAGAGAAGGCAAUACAGCAGCGGUUGGGUUACAGUGGCAGAAAUCAUGCCCCCUCUUUUUUGCAUUCUGUGCUUUUUUCUGUACAUGUUCAGGAGGUGGAUUCCUGCCAGAUCUGACAGAUAUACAGUAGCACUGUGAUAUCCACAGGGAAUCAGUUCCAAAUCUCCUGCAGAUAACGCGGAAAACAUGGAUACAGCAAACCCUACACAUUAGCAUGGUCUCUGGUUCCCUCUA